AUGACACGUUCACUUCCUGAUCCGCGCUUGCUAAUAUUCGAUCCUGAAAUUGAAAGAACAAUUUCACGAAUAAGGCGAGAACAGCGUAGGUUAGUCCGCUCUGAGGGCGGAUCUGAAAGUGAACCUGAGGAAGAAACCAACCCCCGUUCUACUGAUUCGGUUGUUUUACGUGCAGAAAACAUGGCAGCUAGAAGAAUUACCAUUCAGGAGGAAGGAGCUCCUGAUUUUACACUACAACCAUUUCAAGCGCAUCAUCCAGCAGCAGCCUGUUCUACUGUCAGGCGUAAUGGCGCUGAUGAAACUUCAAUUCUGCUGAAAGUUUUUCCGUUCUCUCUUGAGGGAAAAGCAAGAGAGGGGUACUACACUCAACCUCUAGCAAACGAUGACAAUGAGACUCUCUUUGAAUACUGGAAGCGCUUCAAUAAUCUUCUGGAAGCAUGCCCCCACCACAUGAUCGACAAGAUCGUGCUACUCAGCUAUGUCACACAAGGUAUGAGACCCCAAGAUAAGACCACAUUGGAAAGUGCCAGCAAUGGGUCUAUGAAGAAGUACAAGACCACUGAUGAAGCUUGGCAAUUGAUCAGUAAUUUAGCUGAAUCUACUCGGAACCACAGACAGAAGCAAGGCCGUUCAAGGGCCGUUGCAGAAGUAUCUUCUGGCAUAGAGACUGCUGCUCUAAAUCGAAGCAUCUGUGAAAUGACCAACCUGCUGAAGCAAAUGCAGUUAAAUCAACAAGCUCAGCAAACUCAACCGCAGCAAAACCAACAACUAGUUCCACAAAGAAUUUGCGGAAUUUGUGCUGAUUACAGCCAUUACACUGAUGAAUGCCCGCAGCUCCAACAAGAAGACAACAUGGACAAUUCAAACCAGAAUUGGAGGGAUAACAAUAAUAGGGGAGGCAGAGAUAAUCAGGGAAAUCAGAGGUGGAAUAAUUACAACAACAGGCAACAAAAUCAACCAUACCGAGCACCUCACCUAAGGCAAACCCAAGGACCACCGAACAAUCAGCAGCAAACCUCUCAAUUUACUCAUUCUUCUGUAUCUUCUAAUGAAGAAUUAUUACAAGAUUUUGAGAAAAGACCACUGGCAAUGGAAAAUACCAUCGUGAACAGUAUUAACGCCAGUCUGAAUGGUUUCACCUCUACUCUACAAGCUUGUAUGACACAACUUGGUUCAGAGACGAAUCAGGAGGAACCAAGCUCACCAGAAUACGCCUCAGCUGAAGAGGUGGUAGAAAUCGAAGAUGUUGAAGAGGAAGAGGAUAUACAGGACAUAGUCGAAGAAGAGAUAGCUCAACCACAGGAAGAGGCACAAAAAGGUGCAGGCACCGCAGAAAACACUACUCUCAUUCCAUUUCCACAACUUGAAAGGAAGCUUAGGAAGCAGCUGGAACCUGAUCCUAAAAUGGUAGAGAUAUUCAAAAAGGUUGAGGCAUCUGCUGGAGAAUCUCAAGAAAGGGAAUAUUGA